UGGUCCUUCACCAAACGACAUCUCUCCGAAAAAGAUUUUAAAAUGAAAGAGAAGGAGAAGGUUUUAACUCUUUAAUUCCCUUCGAAUUACUCGAUCUAGGGUUUCCCUUUUUCCUAACCGAAAACCCUUUUGAGGGAACCCUAGAUCCCGUCUCCAUCUCCAUCUCCAUCUCAUCAAUGGCGUUCGUUCGCUUUGAUAUCUUCGAGUUCUACAGGACAUACUGCGACAUUAUUUCAAGAAGUGACCAUGUGAGUUCAAGGGGGAUGUUAAAUAUGUUGACAAAGUCAAUGGAAUCAAGAGGAAGGUCAUGGGAUAAUAUUUUGGAUGAUCUUUCCAAACUCAUGUCAGGCCUUAACUUGUCUGGGGGUUAUCAUCAGUUUAAUUGCUUUUAUGAUUUUGUCUUCCUUGCAUGUCGUGAAAAUGGGCAAAAGAACAUCACAGUAAGCAGGGCAAUUUCUGCAUGGAAAUUAGUUUUGAAUGGAAGAUUUCGGUUGCUUAGGCAUUGGUGUAAUUUUAUUGAGGAACACCAAAAGCAUAAUAUAUCUGAGGAUACAUGGCAACAACUCCUGGCUUUUAGUCGAUGUGUAAAUGAAAAUCUUGAAGGUUAUGAUGCAAUGGGUGCUUGGCCUGUUGUUAUUGAUGACUUUGUAGAGUACAUGUACAGCAGAAUCAAUCAAUUGAACAUCUGUAGCACUCGUGACUGCUCUUGCAGUUGUGGAGACAUGGAAACACCGGGCAUAGCCAAUACUUUUAGUGGAUUGAACUUACUUCCUGGAUCAAAAAGAAAACUUGUCUCCAAAAAAUGUGGUUGUAGGGAUUCAGAUUCUGAUUCGCUUAUUACUGACAUAAACAGACGUAACUCGGUUGGUUGCUUGCAUUCUUCACCUUCAGCUUGUGCUGUAGAAGAUUGCUUAUCGAAAAGCCCUCAUGGUCACCAGUUUGAUAAGAAGCGCAGGACUUCAUACACAUAGUUUUUCUCCCAGGUUCAGAAAGAUUGAAAUAUUCUCCGACAAUGUUCGUUUAUUCAUGUUGCCUCUGUUUUCGCACCGUGAUCUCUGUGGCAUUAUUUUUUGUAUUUUGUAUUUUUAUGUAUGUUACUCACCAGGCCACCAGUUUUUCCUCUGUCUUCAAUUGUAUUUGGAUAUUACAGAAUAAGCCGCUUUAAUAUCCCCCCCACGACACACACA